AUGGCACUUUUUGGAAAAUUAAGAUGGAUUUCGAGAAGAUUUACGACACUUGCCGCGACUCCUUUACGUAUUUGUGUUGUUGGUAGUGGACCUGCUGGCUUCUACACUGCAGAAAAGAUUUUGAAGGCACAUAAAGGAGUAGAAGUUGAUAUAGUUGACAGAUUACCAACUCCCUUUGGAUUAGUGCGGUCAGGUGUUGCACCUGAUCAUCCAGAAACGAAGAUAGUGAUUAAUCAGUUCUCUCGAGUUGCACAAAAUGACCGUUGCUCAUUCCUUGGGAAUGUGUCUGUUGGUUCCUCCGUAUCUUUGCCUGAGCUACAUGAGAUGUAUAAUGCGGUAGUACUUGCAUAUGGUGCUGAAAGUGAUAGAACUCUUGGCAUUCCAGGAGAGGAGUUGGGUGGAAUAUAUGCUGCUAGAGAAUUUGUUUGGUGGUAUAAUGGGCAUCCAGACUGUAGAAAUUUAGCUCCAGAUUUGACAAGCAGUGAUACUGCUGUUAUUCUUGGUCAGGGUAAUGUGGCUCUUGAUGUGGCUCGAAUUCUUCUACGGCCAACAAUGGAAUUGGCAAAAACUGACAUCGCAAGCCACGCAUUGGCUGCUUUAGAAGAGAGCUCUAUAAGAAAAGUUUAUUUGGUUGGAAGACGUGGACCAGUACAAGCAGCCUGUACUGCAAAAGAACUACGUGAAGUUCUUGGCAUUAAAGACAUCUCGAUUCAAGUUAAGCAAGCUGAUUUAGUUACAACUCCAGCAGAUGAGGUGGAAAUGAAGAACAAUAGGAUCCGAAGGAGGGUUUAUGAGUUGAUUUCGAAGGCAGCCUCAUCAGGACAUUCUCCUCCUCUUCCAGGUCAACGUGAACUCCACUUAGUCUUCUUUCGUAAACCAGAUAGGUUUCUAGAGUCAGAAGAUAGAAGUGGCCAUGUUGCUGGCGUACGCCUUGAGGAGACAACUCUCCAAGGAUAUGAUCUGGGAAAACAAAUUGCAGUGGGUAAUGGAGUAUUUGAAGACAUAUCGUGCGGAAUGGUGCUGAAGAGCAUUGGUUAUAAAUCAGUAGCUAUUGACGGUUUACCAUUCGAUCAUGACAAAGGAAUUGUUCCUAAUGUUGGUGGUCGUGUUUUGGCCGAUUCAUUCAAAGAUGUUCCACAAUAUGAGACAGGAUUAUAUGUGUGCGGAUGGUUGAAGAGAGGACCAACUGGGAUCAUUGGCACCAACCUUUAUUGUGCUGAAGAAACUGUUGCGAGCAUUUCUGAGGACAUUGAGAGAGGAGUACUAACAUCUAACUCAACAAAGCCCGGGAGAGAAGGACUACUUCAGUUGUUAGAUAGUAGGAAUAUCAGAGUUGUCCAAUUUGAUGACUGGAAAAGAAUUGAUACGGAAGAGAAAAGGGGUGGGAAUUUGAAAAACAAACCCAGGGAAAAACUUGCCACAUGGGAGGAGUUGCUACAAGUUGCCAGAAAAUGA